AUGCAGUACAUUUCAGGCAUUGGUGAUCAUAUUGCGCGAAAAUUGGAAGGUGCCUGGGAAGUGUUCUGCUCACAGAAUCCGGUGCUACCAACGGUGAAGCAGAUUGAUCAGUUGAAAACAGGUGACUUCAUGCAAUUCAUCACUUCAGCAAACUUCCUGGAGCACAGAUCUGGACCACGCAUCACCACAGCCACAAGACCAUUGCCAGCAAUUGGCGAAUUACAGGACACCGAUGAUCAGCCAGCUGAAAGUGGCCAGUACUGGAUUACCAAGCGGAAACGCCCUCCGAAAAGAACGCAUCUCUCACAGUCACCGAAGAAAACAACGGCGCCAGAUGCAGCAUUGUCGGUACUAUCAAGCGAACAGCGCUGUAGUAAAGAAGAUUUGGGCCCGCGACUUGCUGCAGCAAGUGUUGAUGACAUGAUUAACGAGAUUUUUGCUGAUAUCGAUGAUUCUCCUGAUCAAAUUGAUGCUGUAACGGAGAGCAAUGAAAGCAGCCUGCUUUACCAUAGCCCCUCAGCACUUGCUCGUCCUCAGGUGCUUCUGAUCGUUGAUAAUCGGGAAACUGGCAAUACGAAAAAGUUUAGGCAAAUGUGCAGCGUAUUCCAAAAAAAGGACAUCUAUUACGAAUUGCGGUCUUUAUCAGUUGGUGAUUAUUUAUGGAUAAUGCGCAUGCCUGAUGGCACCGAAAUGGUACUGGACUAUAUUGUCGAACGCAAAACAUUUGAUGAUCUGUGGCACAGUAUUAAGCAGAAAAGGUACGAUGAGCAGAAACAGCGCUUGAUGACAAUCGGCAUUCCAAAUGUUGUGUACAUUGUGGAGGGAAGCACUGCGCCUGCUGAGGCUGCAGUCGAGCAGGCACUUGUCACUACUCAUAUCGAAAACCGAUUCCUGGUUUAUCGCACGAGUAACAUGGAACAAACUUCACUUUUAUUGUCAAAAAUAACGGAACGAUUGAUCAGGAGGGCUCACGAACAGGAGCUGGUCGGGAUGAGCUUUGAGGAUUUCCAAAAGCAGUCCAAAAAAACACAGCGCCGCUCCGUGAAAGACAUAUUUUUGCGCCAACUUCUGGUGUGCCCGCAAAUGAGUAUUCAGAAAGCAUCGCUGGUCACCGAUCGCUUUCCAUCGUUCGCAUCACUGACACGUCUGUAUUCGUCUCUUCCAAAGGAACAACGGGCAACAGCUCUGUCCGAGAAUGUUCCCGGCAUAUCCAAAGGAGCGAGUGCCAACAUGGCAAAAUUCUUCGGUGGAGUGUGA